GAAAGAAGAAGAAUAGAAGUUGCUGGCAUUUGUAGUAACAGGAUGAGAAAGUGCGAGACUUCCUGUUAUGUGUGUGUGACAGCUGGUGAUAAGUGGAGGGCCCUGCACAGGAAAUCCGCUCAGCUUCUGCAAUGGGGCCUGCCUGACACUUGGGCGCUCCUUCAGUCUCGAUGUUGAUGGCAGGACAAAGGGGCACCUGGACCAUGGGUGAUGUGGUCGAGAAGAGUUUGGAAGGGCCCCUGGCACCUUCUACAGAUGAGCCCUCCCAGAAAACAGGAGACUUGGUCGAGAUCUUAAAUGGGGAAAAGGUCAAAUUUGACGACGCGGGACUCUCCUUAAUUCUUCAGAAUGGCCUGGAAACCCUGCGAAUGGAAAACGCUCUGACAGAUGUCAUCUUGUGUGUGGACAUUCAGGAAUUCUCCUGCCACCGCGUGGUGCUUGCCGCAGCCAGCAACUAUUUCAGGGCCAUGUUCUGCAACGAUUUAAAGGAAAAGUAUGAGAAAAGGAUCAUUAUUAAAGGGGUUGAUGCUGAGACCAUGCACACUCUGCUGGACUACACGUACACCAGCAAGGCGCUGAUCACCAAGCAGAAUGUCCAGCGGGUCCUGGAGGCUGCUAACCUCUUCCAGUUCCUGCGGAUGGUGGAUGCCUGUGCCAGCUUCCUCACUGAAGCCUUGAACCCAGAAAACUGUGUUGGAAUACUGAGGCUGGCCGACACACACUCGCUGGACAGUCUAAAGAAGCAGGUUCAGAGUUACAUCAUUCAAAACUUUGUGCAGAUUCUGAACUCUGAGGAGUUCCUUGACCUGCCCGUGGACACUCUGCACUACAUCUUGAAGAGUGAUGACCUUUACGUGACCGAGGAGGCUCAGGUGUUUGAGACCGUGAUGAGCUGGGUCCGGCACAAGCCAUCAGAACGACUCUGCUUACUCCCCUAUGUCCUCGAGAACGUGCGCUUACCGCUUCUGGACCCGUGGUACUUUGUGGAGACGGUGGAAGCAGAUCCUCUCAUCAGGCAGUGCCCAGAGGUCUUCCCACUGCUCCAGGAAGCCAGGAUGUACCACCUUUCUGGCAAUGAGAUCAUUUCGGAGCGCACCAAGCCCAGGAUGCAUGAGUUCCAGUCUGAGGUGUUCAUGAUCAUUGGCGGCUGCACGAAAGAUGAACGGUUUGUGGCAGAGGUGACCUGCCUGGACCCCCUGAGGCGCAGCCGCCUGGAGGUGGCCAAGCUUCCGCUAACAGAGCAUGAGCUGGAGAGUGAGAAUAAGAAGUGGGUGGAGUUUGCAUGCGUGACAUUGAAAAAUGAGGUCUACAUCUCAGGUGGCAAAGAAACACAGCAUGAUGUUUGGAAAUAUAAUUCUUCGAUCAACAAGUGGAUUCAGAUUGAGUAUUUAAACAUAGGCCGCUGGAGGCAUAAGAUGGUGGUGUUGGGUGGCAAGGUCUAUGUGAUCGGAGGCUUUGAUGGCUUACAGAGAAUCAACAACGUGGAGACCUACGACCCCUUUCACAACUGCUGGUCAGAGGCCGCACCCCUCCUUGUCCAUGUCAGUUCCUUUGCAGCAACCAGCCAUAAGAAGAAGCUCUAUGUGAUCGGGGGAGGGCCCAAUGGGAAACUGGCCACAGACAAGACUCAGUGUUAUGACCCUUCCACCAACAAGUGGAGUUUGAAGGCGGCCAUGCCCGUGGAGGCUAAAUGCAUCAAUGCAGUGAGUUUCCGGGACCGCAUCUAUGUCGUUGGUGGGGCCAUGAGAGCGCUGUACGCCUACAGCCCGCUGGAAGACAGCUGGUGCCUGGUGACCCAGCUCAGCCACGAGCGGGCCAGCUGCGGCAUCGCGCCCUGCAACAACCGGCUCUACAUCACCGGCGGGCGGGACGAGAAGAACGAGGUUAUCGCCACGGUGCUGUGCUGGGACCCCGAGGCCCAGAAACUGACAGAGGAGUGCGUCCUGCCCCGGGGCGUGUCGCACCACGGCAGCGUCACCAUCAGGAAGUCGUACACCCACAUCCGCAGGAUCGUGCCCGGAGCAGUGUCUGUCUGACGGCACGGUGGGGAGCUGGAGAGCCCCCCCGACCCUCAGCGUGCCCGCCUCACCUCUCACCCUCCUCCAGUCCCACUUCAGGCAGCAGGCUCGAGUUUGAGGCCAUAUACAUCAGGGGAUCCCCUUGACUUACUUUGGGGGAACCUUGGAAGUCACAGUUUGGGGUCACUUGAGACCGGCCAGGAAUGUUUGCAUGACCUACCUCAGGAGGGGAGGCGAGGAAGAGUAAUAUUUAGCAUUCAGGACCCACCCACCCUAUGCUGGCUUCUGUGCCAGGCACUUCCUUUUAUCGGUUCAUUUAACCUGGUGACUGGCUCUUAUCACUUCUAGUUUACAGGUGAGGGAACCAAGUUUCACAGAGGCUAAGUGGCGUGCCCCUGAUCACUCAGAUAGCAAGUAGCUACCCCAGGAGUCUAAAAUCCAGGUCUUUCAUCUCCGAAGUCAAUGCUCUUUCCACCAUGCUGCCUAUCUCAGAGCAGGAAAAACAAACAAAAAACAACAACAAAACCUGGCUCAUGCUGGGCAUGGCGGCUCACGCCUGUAAUCCCAGCCCUAUGGGAGGCUGAGGCGGGCGGAUGACCUGAGGUCAGGA